AGUCGCCGCCGGUGGCGCGGCCGGCCGACCGGCACGGCGCCGAGCUGGAGCAGGACCCGCUGCUGGCCGCCGACGACAGGGCCCGCUUCACGGUGGAUACUGACGACUCGGAGGACGAGCGGACAGGAACGUCCGGCGGCUCCCGGCGCUGGCCGCUGAAGCCCAUUCUGAAGAAGACGGGCUCGUUCUCGCUGAAGUCGGCCAGUCCGCCGAACACUGUGUCGGCUGGGAACUAUGCCACCGUCACCGGCUCCAGCGACGGAAGGCUGCGGACCGCCAUAGGGCGAAUGGUGCAAAAGUCGCGGUCGUUCCGGUCGACGAGUAACCUCAGGGAGGACAGCGCCAAGUCGUCGUCAGCGCACAAACACGUCACCCUGCCCACAGUUCUGGACAUGGACAUGUCGUACGAACAGCAGAAGAGGUGGGAAGAACAGGAGCUCGACAAGCAGGUCGACUUCGCCAACUGCAAAAUCGACCCGGCGCCGUUCCAGCUGGUCGAGAGGACCACCCUGCUCAAGGUGCACUCUCUGUUCUCCAUGCUGGGCCUGAACCACGCCUAUGUGACGGCCAUCGGUCGCCUGAUCGGUGUGGUGGCACUCAAAGAGCUGCGGGAGGCCAUCCAGAAGGCCAAUCACUACACACCGCCCGAGCCGAGCGAGCCGUCCAAGGCGGCACGCUCUGCGGUCCCGGGCGGGCCGGGCGGAGCGGGCGGCGCUGCCGACUCGCGGGUCUAGCCGGGGCCGCACGGCCGGCGCCCAUCAGCGCUCUGUAUCUAGCCGGGGCCGCGCGGCCGGGGCCCAUCAGCGCUCUGUAUCUAGCCGGGGCCGCGCGGCCGGGGCCCAUCAGCGCUCUGUACAACUGUGCGCCGUAAUGGGUGGUGUGUAAGUGAGAAAGUUUACUAUAGGUACUUGGACAUGUGGUGUGUGAACAGACUACAGAGGGCUGUGGCAGUGAGGAGGCGGGCCGGGCUGGAGGACACAGGUGACGGUGUGCACGGCGGCACGGCUGUCACACGACCCGCCCAAGGACGAGCGCGGAUUGGACAGACGCGCCCGGCGCCGGCCGUGCCAGCUCCCUCCCGGCUGCAGUUCAGACUUCAGAGGUGGGGGGGGGGGGGGGUGAUGGCGCUCACCCUUCAACCUCCCCCGUCCGGCUGUGCUGGUGGAGGGCGGCAGCUCCAAUCGCCUCUCGCCUUGGUCGGUGACGCCGAUUAUUCCCAGUGCUGCGGGGUGCCAGGCCGCAGGGGCCUGUCCCGUGACCCAGUGCCGCCAGUCCGUGACCCAGACUCAGUACCUCCAGUCCGUGACCGUGACCCAGUGCCUCCAGUCCGUGACCCAGUGCCGCCAGUCCGUGACCCAGUGCCGCCAGUCCGUGACUCAGUACCUCUAGUCCGUGACCCAGACCCAGUGCCUCCAGUCCGUGACCCAGUGCCGCCAGUCCGUGACCCAGUGCCUCCAGUCCGUGACCCAGUGCCGCCAAUUCGUGACCCAGUGCCGCCAGUCCGUGACCGUGACCCAGUGCCUCCAGUCCGUGACCCAGUGCCUCCAGUCCGUGACCCAGUGCCGCCAGUCCGUGACCCAGUGCCGCCAGUCCGUGACCGUGACUCAGUGCCGCCAGUCCGUGACCCAGUGCCGCCAGUCCGCACCGGCCGUUCACGUUGUGGGUGCCACUGAUUGAGACAGUGUCACUGCCGCGCAGUGUGGCGGCGGCUGACGGACAGACCGGUGGCCCGGGGGGAGGGGGAGGGGGCCGGGGGAGGCGCCGCGGCCGCCGGUAGGCAGCGCGUGGACUCUGAACGGCCACGACACCGGCCCGUUGACCGUUUAUUUAGAGCCACCACCGGCGGCAGUGUCAUCACAUCGAUUCUUCUCUCAGCGAGAGCAAACUGUGUGAUCAGUUCAUAUCAAAUGGCUAUAUUAUGAUGACUUUUAUAAAGGUAUAAUGUCGCUAUAAUAUUUGAUAUGAUUAUCGAUUUUUCGGCAAUAAGAGUGACGAGUCGGAUCAUUACAAAAUGUGCCGUUCUACUGUAUUGAAUGUGAUGUAGGUAGGUGCCCUGUCACCUGGCAUCGUAGACAAUGUCAGCGCCAUCACUGGCAGUAUAGUAACCAAAUUAUUUUAACGAUGCCGUGGAGACGGACGUGCCGAUGUAGCGUCUCUGUGGAAAUGGUGACCCCGUGUGGGUACUGAAGACGGUGGCGCUUGCCGUACCGAUUGUGUGUCCCUGCCGUCCAGCGACCGUGUCAUCGUCCAUUGUCAGUGACAGUAACUUGCGAUGCGUCUUCGUGGUUUAUUGUUCGUAUGUUUCGUCCUAUUUUUAUCCAUCAUAUUUUUGAUCGAGUUUUUGAUGGGACUUUUUUAAUCACGUCAAUCAUUGAAUGUGGCAUCAAGGUAGGUAUGAUCCAAUUCCGUUCAUGGAGAUGAGAUUUCAAUGCAGAGACCGUGGUGGUCCUGUCGCGGUGAGCCGAGUGGCUUGUUGGCUCUGUCGUAAUACAUCAUAUCAUGCGUG